AGCAGUCACACCUCAUGAGAGAGCAUGAAGAUGUCCAGGAACGCACGACACUCCGCUAUGAGGAGCGCAUCACAGAACUCCACAGCAUCAUUGCAGAACUCAACAAGAAGAUAGACCGCUUGCAAGGUACCACCAUCAGGGAGGAAGAUGAAUACUCAGAACUUCGGUCAGAACUCAGUCAGAGUCAACAAGAGGUCAACGAAGACUCCAGAAGUGUGGACCAAGACCAGACCUCUGUGUCCAUCCCUGAGAACCAGUCUACUAUGGUCACUGCUGACAUGGACAACUGCAGUGACUUGAACUCAGAACUGCAGAGGGUGCUGACAGGUCUGGAGAGUGUUGUCUGCGGCAGAAAGAAGAGCAGCUGUAGCCUCUCUGUGGCUGAGGUGGACAGACACAUUGAGCAGCUCACAACUGCCAGCGAACACUGUGACUUGGCCAUUAAGACAGUGGAGGAGAUCGAGGGAGUUCUUGGUCGGGAUCUGUAUCCCAGCCUGGCUGAGGAGCGGUCCCGGUGGGAGAAAGAGCUGGCUGGAUUGCGGGAAGAGAAUGAAAGCCUGACCGCCAUGCUGUGCAGCAAAGAGGAAGAGCUGAACCGGACCAAGGCCACUAUGAAUGCCAUCCGUGAGGAGCGGGACAGGCUUCGGAGGCGGGUACGAGAGCUUCAAACUCGGCUGCAGAGCGUGCAGGCUACUGGACCUUCUAGCCCAGGUCGCCUCACCCCUGCCAAUCGCCCAAUUAACCCCAGCACUGGAGAGCUAAGCACCAGCAGUAGCAGCAAUGACAUCCCCAUCGCUAAGAUUGCUGAGAGAGUGAAACUAUCAAAGACAAGAUCAGAAUCCUCAUCGUCUGAUAGGCCAGUCCUGGGCUCAGAAAUCAGUAGCAUCGGGGUUUCCAGCAGUGUGGCAGAACACCUGGCCCACUCACUCCAGGACUGCUCCAAUAUCCAGGAAAUUUUCCAAACCCUCUACUCACACGGAUCUGCCAUCUCUGAAAGCAAGAUUCGAGAGUUUGAGGUGGAAACAGAACGACUGAAUAGUCGCAUUGAACACCUCAAAUCCCAAAAUGAUCUUCUCACCAUAACCUUGGAGGAAUGUAAAAGCAACGCCGAGAGGAUGAGCAUGCUGGUGGGGAAGUAUGAAUCCAACGCCACAGCCCUGAGGCUGGCCUUGCAGUACAGUGAACAGUGCAUAGAAGCCUAUGAACUCCUGCUGGCCCUGGCUGAGAGCGAGCAGAGCCUCAUCCUGGGGCAAUUCCGGGCAGCUGGUGUGGGCUCCUCCCCUGGAGACCAGUCAGGGGAUGAGAAUAUCACUCAGAUGCUCAAGCGGGCUCAUGACUGCCGGAAGACUGCUGAGAACGCCGCCAAAGCCCUACUCAUGAAGCUGGAUGGCAGCUGCGGGGGAGCCUUCGCAGUGGCUGGCUGCAGCGUGCAGCCCUGGGAGAGCCUGUCCUCCAACAGCCAUACCAGCACAACCAGCUCUACAGCCAGCAGCUGUGACACAGAGUUCACUAAAGAAGACGAGCAAAGGCUGAAGGAUUAUAUCCAGCAGCUCAAGAAUGACAGAGCUGCAGUCAAGCUGACCAUGUUGGAGCUGGAGAGCAUCCACAUCGACCCACUCAGCUACGAUGUCAAGCCAAGAGGUGACAGCCAGAGGCUGGACCUGGAGAAUGCGGUGCUGAUGCAGGAGCUGAUGGCCAUGAAGGAGGAGAUGGCUGAGCUGAAGGCCCAGCUCUAUCUGCUGGAGAAAGAGAAGAAAGCCCUGGAGCUAAAGCUGAGCACAAGGGAAGCACAGGAGCAGGCCUAUCUGGUGCACAUCGAGCACCUCAAGUCCGAAGUGGAGGAACAGAAGGAGCAGAGGAUGCGAUCCCUGAGCUCCACUAGCAGCAGCGGCAAGGAGAAGCCCGGCAAGGAGUGCGCUGAUGCUGCCUCUCCAGCUUUGUCACUGGCUGAACUAAGGACGAACAGUGACAGUGAGUUGGCCACCGAGUUCGCCAAUGCCAUCCGACGGGAAAAGAAGCUGAAAGCCAGAGUCCAAGAGCUGGUCAGCGCCUUGGAAAGACUCACCAAAAGCAGUGAAAUCAGACACCAGCAGUCAGCAGAGUUUGUUAAUGACCUGAAACGGGCCAACAGCAAUCUGGUGGCUGCCUAUGAAAAAGCAAAGAAGAAGCAUCAAAACAAGCUGAAGAAGCUGGAAUCUCAGAUGAUGGCCAUGGUGGAGCGACACGAGACCCAAGUGAGAAUGCUCAAGCAAAGAAUAGCACUGCUGGAGGAAGAGAAUUCCAGGCCACACACCAACGAAACUUCACUCUAAAAGGCAGUCUGGCACCAAGUUCUGCCCCCAAGGGGCUAACCUCGAGCAGCUCCGGAGUCCUCAGAGGAAGAAGUGCCCUAGGAAGGAGGGACUGUUGGGAGGAAUUGUGGAAAGGUUGCAUAUAGGUCACAGGCUCUACCCCUGGGGAUGUGUAGUCACAAUGGCACUGUGGAUUAUGUAUAUACACGCUCCAGCUGCUCUAGGCCUGGCCACAAAGGGCAUCUACAAUGGCUCCCACCACAAAAUUAGCCACAUCUUGUUUCAGCUUUCACCGUUCAGUUCUCACUUGUUCUGUGAGGCAGUGGCAAUCCAGGCAUUUGUGGAUUUCCAAUUCCCCCCGCCCCCCAGCUUUUUUUUCCCCAUAGGCUGUGGACUUUUGACACCUAGACUUCUUCCUUCCUCUUCCAAGGGAAAAGUGACAAGUGUUGUAUGUCUCCAGCAUCUAGGGAUGGCAGCUUACUGCACAAGGCUCUGCUUUUCAGGUCCCGCGGUACCAGAUUCUUGAAAUACGGUCGUGAAGAGUUAUUAGCUGGGAGAUCCAGACCAGAGGAUACACAAAGUGUUGUCACUGAGCAUCCCAGACACAGCGCAGUGUCAAAUAGAGCAACGUCAGAGCUGUGUGUAGACAGUUCAUCUCUAGAUGAAUAAAAGCAUCUUUCAUUUUUACUUUAGAGGCAGGGUUCGGCUUCCCUUCUAGCAAGAGUACAAUUUAGAAUACUCUUGAUUUAUGUAGAGGAGCCAAGAUUUUACCAGGGGUUUCUUCCAGAACAAACAAACAAACAAAAACAAAAAACAGUAUUAGCUCUCACCCAGCCCAGGGUACUACAUAGCUCCUAUUCUGAAUCAAAACCUAAGCCACUUGAGCACCUAUGGACCCUGCCUCCAUAAAGGUAAAAGGCGGCUUUAUACUGUUGAACACCGAGGCUCUCAGUGUUGUACAAAAUUGUUCCCACCUAUUUAACAGAGUGUCACUGAACCUUUAUUCUCUCACUGGGUGAGGGAAUGGCUGAUAGGCUUCCUAAGCUAACUUGGAUGCAGGUUCAAAGUACCUGAACUCUGGGAAGUCUCCCAGAUGCAUUUAGUUCCUAUUGUAGCCUUCUGCUGAUCAUGGAUACAAUUAAAGAGCAGCUUGGCUUUUUAGCUUUUUUCCCCUCCUGUAGUCUCCAAUGAUCUAUUCAUCUGCUAUGAGAAAUGGGUCCAACUGCUGUGGUUAUCUAGGUGAAAGACGCUGCAUAUAUGACCAUGUUGUUGCUGUAGACUCCUGGCUAUACGGUGGGUUACGCUUUCAGAAAGCAAACACGAGUUCCUCUGCCUUCUGUGCAACAGGGAAAGAUACUCUGGCCUUCUCCUACAACAGACAGACCCGGAAGCGCAACAGCUCUUCCUUCUUAGACCAUGCUAAGCUCUUCACCCAGCAAAGAGUAACAUAAAUAUGACCCGUUUGAGCCAAGGCCUGGCUUGUGAGUGUUGAUGGCUUUCUAGUCUUCUGUCAACACCUGUGACAUUUUCCCUGUGCUCAUUUUUGGGGUAAAGUUGUAUUUUGUUAUGCAGAAAACGUGUGGGUAGAAACAUCUAUUGCUUCUCUACUACCCCAAGAAUUUAAUAGGUAAAAUUAGCAGUCCAGGUAAGGGAUGCUUGUUAGGUUUCCCACUCUGACCAUCCAGAUGCAGUGAUGGCCAGCAGGUGAUGCCUUAAGUGACUGAGAGCAGAAUAUUUAGAUGCAAGUUAGGGAGGGAUGACGGGCUGCCUGCUGAGGUUUGCCCCCUCUCCUCAGCCUGGUAAAAAUCUGAGAACCCAUAUUUCUAGGACCAUAGUUCCUCCACAGGGAAGUCCCCAAAGCAAUGAUCCUACCUGGCCUCAGUCUGAGUUUCUAAGUAAAUAUAUGGCAGCUUGGUGAAAAUUUUUUGAAUAAAUGGGAAAGGGCUAUCCAGUCUUCUUCUGUCAAUGCUGGUUGAGGGUGAAGCAGCAGGCAUUUGCUUCUGUGAAUUACAGAAGCUGUUGAACCGCACUGAUUAAAUACACGAUAGCAGCAGGUGCCUAGGUAAUUUUCCUCUUUGUUCAACCUGGCACUUCCUGGAACCUACUUUCAAAUAGGAAAUGGUUUCUAUUAACAUGUCUAUUGGGGCAAACAAUUAUCUUGAUUUUAAUUUCUAUAGGGUUAAAAACCCUAUACAUAUUUUGAAUUUACUCCCUUUACUAAUCAAAGCCAAUUUUGAUUCAUAAAAAAUAGGCAGAACAAAAAGGUCCAUCAGGAACCAUUUCAUAGUUGCCCUGGGCUAUACUCUCCAUUCUGAACCAAGGUGGACAAACCCAGCUUGGACAGUGGUAAUAGGCAAAGGAGUCAUCUGUCUAUGACUGGCUCUGGCACACUGCAACCAAGCCCAUGUGUAUCCAUCAAAUGUGCCCUGCCUUGUGACAGUAAGAAAGCCCCCACUGGAGUCACAACAAAGGCUGCCAUGUGAUCAGACAGUGGAGACCAACCCUUGUCCCUGUCAUACUCCAGGUGUACAUGAGAGCUCUAUGCCCCGAGUGGAGGCAGAGACCUUCUAUUCCCUUCAUUCAUUCUAUUAUGUGCUGAUGAUGUGCUUGUUGCCUGAAACUGGAUGCUACCUUUAACUGAAACCUAGAAAGUUUUUUAUUAGCCUAAGUGUGCAUAUCCUUUCAGAUGCAUGUAUUCAGAAGGUCUUCCUCAGCACCUGCAGCAAACCUUUAUAAGGGCUUCAGAGAACUCAAAAAUUAGAGCUUUUGCAGAGUUCUUAUAAGGAAGAGCAGCUCAAGCCACACAGCCCUGUGUGUUUUACUCUAAACACUGUUAAGAGGGGGCUAAAUAAGGACCUUGCCACUGUGAGGGAGAUCUGGAAGUCUUCUAGUUCCUACAUAUAGAUAAUAACAGAAAGGAAAUGCUUCUGUUUGGUUUUUUCUCCAUCAUGGCAUGGAUCAAAACUACCCGGCUUCUGUAUUCCUCCAUACACUAUGGCCCACAAAAAAUUCUAUGCAAUGAUAUAAAUUGUGUAAACUCCUUUAGAGCUGCCAGGAGUUAAGGUUGUAUAUCGUGAUCAAAGUGAAGUGUAGAAAAAACAAAGCAUGAAGACAGUAAGGAACCCCCGCUCUGCUCUUAUUGAUCCAAACACUUCAUUCUGUAAGUGCUUUCAGUGAUAAAUGUUUAAUUGGGAAUAUGUCCAGUCAUAUGAACACAGUGCCCUAAGUAAAAACAAUAUACAGUGUCACCUACUGAACUACACUUAGUGUUUUUAGAGCCCAACAGAAAACAAGUUAUUUGGUGGCUAAAAUUACUGCACUGACCUUCAUUAGGAUAUGGUCCCAGCAGGGGUGAGGUUAGGCAGGGGUCCAAGAGAUUAAGCAACAGUAUUUUCCUUCGGCAGUACACUGCAGAUCUAAUUGUGGAAGAAAUCAACUGAUUUUGUUUAGCCAAUAGAACCUAUGAGACUUAAGUGGUGAAGGAGGACAGAGCGGCACCUUGGCCACAGCUUGCAAACUCUUCGUAAAGCAGGAAUGGCUUGCUACAAAAACCACCCCUACCCUUUAAGUGUUCAUGCAAUCGGACUCCUAAGUUUACAUAGGUCAGCUCUGAACCCAUGGCCUCAAGUUUCAAUUCAUUUUCUAAUCACCUUUGUGUUCCUCUGAGAUGCUGUGACCCCCGGCGUAACUGAGCACGCUUGUAGAGAGGAUAUUUUCACAUACGGGCAAGCAUUACAAUUUUGGUAAUCCAAUAUAACUAAUACACUGUCCGAUAUUUUGAAGAUUUGUUGAAAAAGAAAAAAGCUGCAUCCCAGAAGCAAGAGCCACUGUUGGGUGACAACACCCUUUGACUAUUUGAUCUUCCAAGUCUCUCACUGAUAGUUACCCCAAGUGCCUGCUCGGCAGCACAGAGCGGGUUCUGUAGAGAAUUCCACACCCACACAGAUGCUCUACUGCUCUCCUCUUCCAUGGAUGAAAUGUCGAAGAGGUUGUUUGUAAGCGUUCUUUUACAGUGCUCCUGUCAGGACACCUCCUGUCAGGAGCUUGAUAAUCCGAAUUUGCUAGUACCUGAUGCAAAGAUUACAAAUGUUCACUUCUAUUUCUAAUCUGCUUUUAGACAUGUUAACUUACUUUGCAUGAAUUUUAACUUUUUUAUUCAUUGAAAAUGUGCUUUCUAUACCACUUGAAUUAGAAAAUCCUGCUUGAAUGUACUGUUCCUAAGCACAUGUGACUGUGUUUGCAUCUGUCAGUACUGUUCUGCCUGUAUGGAAAGUGUCAUUUCUAAGUGGCUACUAAACACUGUACUGUACCUUGUAAUUUUUAGGCUCACUUGUACCUUUAAAUGUUUCCAGAUGCCUUUAGUUUUUAGCUGCUGUAAAAUAGCUAAUUUGUGUUAUUUGAUAUAGAAUUGUUUAAAAAAAACUCCAUUUAUUUAUACAGAGACAUUUAUAAUAUUUUACAAACGUUCUUAUAUUCUGAAUAAAUAUUUCUAAUUCCAUUCUG